GGAUUACAACAUUUAGUAAGGAAAGGAGUGGAAGUGAUGCUGAUGCUAGUGACUGCAGCGAUACAGAAUGUGGAUCUAGUGAGUCUGAUGAACUAAACGAUGGAUUGAGAAUAGAAAACCGGCAAAGUUCCAUACCAUCUAUAAUUCGUCAUGCAGUCAACGUUCAUGACACAGAACCUGAACUUAGCGAUGUGCAGGUAAAUGAUUGUUUCGAUGAUAGUGACGUUGGCAACAUUGGUUAUGGUGAAAGGCCUGGCCGAAACGUUGGUGACAUUGGUUAUGAUGAAAGACCUGACAGAAACCUUCCUCGCGUAAUGGUACCCUGGCAUGGUAAGUUAUCUUAUUGACUAUUUGAUUUAUUUACAUGUAUCUACCAAUUCGUUUUAGUUGGCAGACUCACUCAGCAACCUAUAUUUCUUCAAGAUGAUCUAAACCUACAACCUGUAUGUGCAAGCAUUGUUGGUAUAUGUCAUCAUAAAAUAUAUAGCCUUACAAAGUCAAAGCCGAACACAUAGUUAAAAUGUAUUGAUCAAGCAGGUUAUUUUUUGCACAGAUGCUGAAGGAAUGCUAGCAGAGCGUUCUACCGACCACAACAGCGAAAUAGAGAGCAACAGCAGUUGUGAUCAGUCUAUUUCUGGAGACGAUGAUGCAACUGGGCAAAUCUCUACGGAUAAUAGCAACGAAGACGGUCGAUCGGAUGGGGAGAACGGAUACGAUAACUGUCUGCCAUUAUUUAAGGAUUCUUCAUUAUCAGUUCCUGAAUUCAAUGCUAUUUUACUGGCCUUGAAACAAAGACAUAACUUUUCAAAUCUGGCUUUGGACAGCAUUUUAAAGAUGUUUCAGAUUUGCCUGCCUGAAGAGAGCAAUUUACCUUAUACGUCGAGCUAUCUCUUUGAACAAAAAAUUGAGAAACAGCUCAUGUAUACUUCCACUAAGUAUCUUACAUGCAUGAGCUGUCAAACACUGUUGACUAGUGAUUUAUUGUGUGAAAAUCAGAUUUGCACCCAUUAUCGAGAAUGUGAAAAAGGAGAGGACUCCAGUGUGUUUUACACCGUCGAUAUCCUUCCUGAGCUGAAGAGGUUGAUACCAGGUAAAUUUACUGUGUUAGUAUUAUGGGUUUUUUUCUGGUAACAUUAAGUUUGGCAUUAUUUAUAUAAUUGUCGAAUCCCCCCCCCCCCCCAAAAAAAAAUAUUAAUCUCUUAUAGAUUUGUGGAUUCAAGUACCGCUUGAACCAUAUUUUUCAAAUUUGAAAUACCAAUAACCAAUUCAGAGAAUUUGCGAAAUUAUAUAUGUGAUAACAUUUUCUUUUUGUAGAGAGUUGGGAAUCAAUAAAAAAGUUCACCGAGAACUUUGACCAUACGCCGGGUGUCUACAAAGACAUUAUUGAUGGAAGUAUAUAUCAAAAGCAAUAUAGGGAAGUUUGGAAAACCGGCAGCUUUCCAAUCACCAUUUACUGGCAUCUAGGUGGAGCCCCUGCAUUUCGAUCAAACAGCAUUUCGAUCAAACAGCAUCUCUCUUUGGCCAAUUCAGAGUUUUAUCGUUGAACUUCCACUGUCAUUACGAUAUUCAUACAAGAAUAUUCUAAUGUCAGGAAUUUGGUAUGGAAAGAAAAAACCAAAUAUGGAAGUCUUUCAAAAGAAAUUUGUCGAGGAAGCAGCUUUGCUUGGAAAAGGGUUUACGAUGUCGGUAGAAGAGCAACAUGAACGGAAGUUUAAGCUUGUUGUGAAUGGCCAAGUUGCCGAUUUAGUGGCAAAAGCUCCAUCAGUAAAUUUUAUACUACACAAUGGGAAGUUCGGUUGUUGCUCAUGUCUCCAUCCUGGAGAAAGAAUGCCUGGCCGUGGUACCAAGCGUGUUUAUCCGUACUCGCCCAACACCUUUCCACGUCGUACUCAUAAUGACACCUUACUUCACGCACAAUUAGCUAAUGAUACCCGAGAAACCAUUUUUGGAGUAAAGGGUCUUUCAAUAGUGCAUACAAUUUUAAACAUCCCAGAUAUGUUGCUGUUUGAUUAUAUGCACCAAGUUCUUGAAGGCGAAUUCACAAGACGCAUGACCAAAUGGCUUGCUGGAUCAUGCGGAAGUGGCGUCAAUCUAAAGCCGUCCGUAGUAAGUUUGAGUCAGAAUCUCAAGGCCAUUGGUUUACCUCACGAUUUCAACCGAAAGUUGAGGCCUCUCGAGGAGUUCAAAAGAUGGAAAGCCAGCGAAAAGCAGACCUUCUUUCUCCAUGCAA